GAGCGACGCCGGGCGUCGCGGCGCAGCGUGCGGGCCAGUCGCCCUCCAGCCACCGCCCCAGUUACGACCUGAGCGACGUUUCCGGCGUGCCUAAUUCUUUUGGUCCUUCUCGUCCUUUUCUUCUCAUCCUUCUAGCCAUCCGCGUCUCAGUCUCGCGUCUCGCGCGCCCGAUCCCAUCGUCGAGAUCACCUGUCCCCAAGAUCCGCGAGACCCUCCACGCGAAACAACCCCCCACGUACGAAACGAAACGACAAUAUGCUGAUCGGUCUCGUGCGCGACUCGGUGCUCCAGUGCUUCUGUCAUAGCUGCAAGGCCCCGCUGGGUAUCGUAGCGGGACAGAGGAGAAAUAAUGCGCCGUUUAAGAAGCCGAGCGGCAAGGGCAAGCCGCGAACCAAGCAGCCGAAAAAGGUGAAGUUUAUCACGACCGAGAUUCGAUGCCAGGAGAAGUCCAAGGGUGGGUUGUGCUACGAGGUGAUCCUAGCGGAGCCAACGGUGCCUAAGAGAGCGCCUUCGCCGCCGCAGCAGAGUCCGACGCAGCAGACCGCGAUUGAGGACAAGCUCAAGGCCGCUGAGGAGCGAAGACUGUCCAUCGAGGCAAACAAGCUCGCCGCCCUCACAGCUAAGCUCAGCAAGAUCGAGGAGGCGUCCCGCAAGAAGGACGAACUCAGCGCGGCCUUCAUCACCGCUACCCGCGAGUCCUUGGAUGCGAAAAUGAACAACACGGAGGAGAAGCGAGAGGCCCAUAUCGCUGAGCUGAAGAAUAAGCUGAAGGAACAUUUGGAAAGUGUUGAGAAAACUCGCCUGAGUCUCGAGCAACAAACCGAAGAAGUUCGAUGUGCCGUCGAGGAGAAAUUAAAGACUGCUGCGGCUCAGCGUGACGAGAACAUCAAGAGGAUGCUGGAUCGUCUCAAGGAGCAUGAAGAACAAGUCGCUCGCGUACGUCAAGGUAUGUCGGAGCGCGUGCAGCAGUUGGAAUCCCAAAUCCAGGGCAAGUUGGAGCAAGCACGUGAACGUCGUGAGACCAUCGAGCGCGAGCAGAAGGAGAAGCUGCGCAAUCAUAACACGGUGAAGAUAGCGAAAAUGCGUCAGAUGGCGGCGCGAGAGCUCCUGAUGAAAAAGUGCGAGUUCGACAAGAAGGUGUCGACCGCGGAGAUGAAUCGGCAGCGAGAGAUCCAGCGUCGCGUGCAGGCGAUCCGCCGCCACCAUGAGAGGCGCGCCGAGAUCGUGAGACAGAAUAAGAAGGAACGCUACCUUCAGCCGGAAGCGCCACAUUCGAUCCUGCCGGUGGAGAACGAGACUGCCAGUUCCGGCUAAGUGCCCGGUUCUUUUCAAGGCCGCUCGAACGCCCCGCAAAGCUCCGUUUCGCUUUGUGCCAUUAUUUUCUGACUCGAAGUAAAACAGAAGGUUGAUCACCACGCAUCAGACAUGUCUGCAUUUCGAGCGAGAGAGGUAGGGGGAGCCGAAUCGUUUCUACUUGCGGUUCUUGUCGUAUGGACAAUACUGCCUUUAUCAUGUUUCCACUUCGGCAACGUUCCGCAAUGAAAGGACGCACGGUCUCCUAAAUUUCGGAAAGAAAGAACAAGUUAACGAUUCUAAGGAGGUUGCUGCGAAAGUUUGACUUCGACAGAGCUUUGCAAAGAGUAUUAGACGCUAAGGUAAGGGGCACAAGGACCUAACGAUAAAGUUCUAUAAUCCGAAAAAGCUUAAGAAUUAACAGAAAUAUUACAAGAUUGAGAUAUUUAAAGAUUUAGAAGAGUUCGACAUUUUCAAAAUCCUAGAACUUUCUUCUAUUUUUUUAUUCAUCAAAAAAACGUAGUAAAUUAGAAUCUACUGCGAUAUCGAUAUAUUCCAAGACUAAAAUAUCGAGAAUCCUUAGAAAUUAGAAAACUUUUUUUACAAGAAUAUUAUAAGAGUGUACACAAGAUCCAAAGAACUUUCGCAGCAACCUGAAGAAAUAUUCCAAAGAAAUGCAUUUUUUUAUAUAAAAGAUAAUUAAAAUUAAUUAAUAGAUUUUUAAAGCACAUUUGAAGGGAUUUAAUUUGGAUAAUGUUUAUUAAUAUUACAAAGUACAAUGUGCUAAAAAUUCUUUAUUUUCCAUUUUGAUUAGUCCAUGAAAAUCUGGAAGAAAAAGGAACAAAAAAGCAUUCAAAAAGACGCUUUUUUCAAUCUCGUUUUUUAUGUAUUGAACAAUCAAAUUUAAAAAAAAAUUUUUUUUUAAUUAUGUGUGUAUUGGUGUCUCCAUUCUUGUUCUCAAUGGAAAAAAUAUGAAGUAUGGGAAAAUUUCUACGAUGUCUAACGAUCGAUAAUCGUGAUUACCCGCUGGUCGUUCUGAAUCGCAAUACAAUACAUCGUUUCCCAAGGGAAGGAAGAAUAUUUGAUUUGAUAGAGAUUAUUACAUAAAUCACUAUCGCUACAACUUAGGUACUAAGUGAUGCGACUGCAGCUUUGUGUGCGUGUGCACACACAAAAGAGAAUAUGUGUGUGCGCGCGCGAUGUGCUGACAUGUUAAGCACACUCAUGAUUAUAUAAAUAUUAUAUACAUAUAAUUGAUAUAUUAAUUAUAAUAAUAACAAUAAUGAUAAUAGUGCUUUAUACUAGGCUUGAAAUAUUUGAGAAAAACGUUUUGUACUCAUUGUAAUAUUAUGCGCUAACCAAAAUGAGAAUAACACACUGAGAAAUGUAGUCUAACGAAAUAUGAUAAUGUGACGCUUCUGUGAUGACUUUAAUUAUUUGUCAAAAUGUGUAACAUUUAAGUGCGGGCGAGAGAGAACGACAGAGAAAGGGUGAAUGAGAGAGAGAGAAAGAGUGUGCGAAAAAAUAUAAGAGAAAGAGAAAAAAGAAUGAAAGACAUUUUGUUUUUUCAAGUUAGCACGGUUGUCGUGACCAGGGGAAGUUCGUUUGCAUUGAGAAUUUGAAACAUACGGCGUAUAAUGAAAUGUCUUGUUAGGACCUUAAUCCUGACCCACGAAGUAUAGCGUCUGUUACAAUCGCUGGUUUAUAUGCUUGCAGAGAAGAAAAAUAAAACUAAAUGAAAAAAGGUAAAGAAGAGAAACGUUGCGAUAUUUUCUGAUGCGAUGACAUGAUUUUCUGAAGCGAGCUUUGAAGCUCAAAUAAUUCCAGACUGUUUUGAGAUUUAAGUAAUCUUCGGAACGUUUUAAGAUAAAUAGAAAUAGAGUGUAAUUAAAUAUUUGACGUAUAAAUAACUCUGCUUGUACAAGAAACUAGGGUUUAAUGGAAGCAUUGAGAAAAAAAAAAAUAAAAACGCAAGCUUUAGAAGCCUAGAAGUCGACGCGAGACUGAGAACGCGGAGACCUUCUAAAUAUCUAAAGUACUCUUUGAAUAUAAAAACAUUAAAAAUAAAGAUAAAAAUGAGGAGCUUGGAGAACUUGAGCCUUGGUCACAGUGCCGCUGCAGCUCCAAGGGCUGGAACAUGACAAUUCGCAACUAUAAUCAUGAUAUUCACAUCAGCUUGCAUCUCAUAAUCCAAAUCAGCGGUUCCCAAGUUUAGGCAGCUUAUUUUCUAAGAUCUCGUAAAGGUCCUCAAGUUAUCUAUCUUCAGAAUCUUCAAAAGUCGAAGAUUCUUGGGUCCAAGAUUCUACGAGGAAUAAUCGAUUACCGCAUCAUCGUGACAGAUAAUUAAAUUGACUUACCAUUUUUUUUAUUACGCUUAUUACAUUACGUAUGUUGUCACUUUAUUUAGUCUUUGUAAUAAUUCACGUAUGAAUAGUAGAUCGUAUCUUUUAUUCCGAUUUCUUAUUAUAUUCUUGGGAACAUCUGGCCUUAUGCUUUAGCCCUGAAGUCUGCACGAAUUCCCAGAUGUUUCAACAAUUAAAAUGAAAACUUGAGGAACAGCACUUUUUGAAAUAAUUCCUAUAUAAAUGUAUUUCUUAAAUUUUAAUAUAACCUUCUUGCUAAUUCGAUGAAUCGAUUUACACUACUCCCCCUUUUCUUUUCAGUAAAUUCGACAUAUUAUACAUAUAAUAUAUAGUUUAAAGCACUGCCUGUAGUCUUCGCCUAAAUAUUUUGCACUUUACUUCACAACUGAACUGAAAUUAAUCGACUCCGAUAUUCGAAGAUAUUUAUCGACUGCACAAUUACGGUUACGCUUAAAAAUAAUUGAUUUAGUUAACGACUCGAGUAAGUGGGCUAAACGCGCGUUUUUUUCCAAGACGUAAGGAAGCCUCACCGAUCGCCUAAUUGCACAAAUACUAAUUAAGCGUGGAAGUGACGAGUGGAAGGGAGGGAGAGAAAGAUAGAGAGAGAAAGAGAGAAGACGGUGAAAGGGUGAGCGACGAGAAAUUUCCGGCGUACUUUCAGGAGAAUCGAAGAGAAAUUUAUCUUGCCGUGUCGCGACGAAUGGUGGGUAACGUCUAUUUUUGCAUCUUGUUGUAAUCCUUUGGAAAUUGUAUCCUCAUGUAAUGAUUAUAGCCGCUGCGCGACGUAUAUUUCCCCUCUCGACUUGCGUUACGUUAUAUACCGGAUAGCCCGCGGAAAGCGAGUAAUUGUGUGUCAGGAAUUUAUUCCCGAUUGAAUUUCCUGUGUUAAGCGGUCCUUAGACGAUCAAUAAUAUUUUACAAUAUUGUACAAUAUUCUUCUAAACAGUUCACAACAAGCUCAAUAUAGCCCCCAAAUAAUCAAUAAUAUUGUGCAAUAUUCCAAUAUUGUGCAACAAUAUUGAACGCCUGAGGGCCGCUUUGGGAAAACUUUGUAUCUUUCUUAAGGACACCCUAUAUAAACAUGUGCAAAUCGCGCGAUGACGCGUACAGUGUGGGCCAACAGUCGUCAUCCAUCAAAAAUGGAUUAAAGCUUCAAGCUUUUUUUGUUAUAGAAAAAGUAAAUAUAAAUUACGAAAAUUAUCUGAGUUGUGAACCUUCUCUUAAUACCAGUUAUCAGUGCGAGUUUAUUACACGUACAAAUAAAUUUUAGUUGCGCCAUCGUCUUAUUUUACUAGCGAUUAUACUUACGCUAUAUAAGUUACAAUAAAAGUGUAUUUUUCUGUAUAUCGCAAAUUAUUCUUUCUCUCUUUUUUUUAAUGACUUUUGGACCACACAUUUGAUAUAUCGCGUGUGUUUCGCUUUGAUAUGUCUCGUGAUGAGACAAAAAUCCAGAUAUAUAAAUAUAUAAAUGAACAUAUUUAAUUAUAUAUAUAAAUAUAUAUAUUUAUAUAUAAUUAUAUAUAUAAAUGCAGCGCGCGGGUAUAAGAUUAUCGCGCCGCGAUAUAUUAAUCGCGUUUUGCAUUGGCUGCCUUCGAUAUAUAAUCCUUUCGGGUUCUGUUCAAGAUGGUGUGGGUGUGUGUGUGUAUGUGUGUCAAACGAGAACCAGAUUGUGUGAAGUAAAAGGCCAUAUCUACACGCA